AUGCCUGCCUUGCUAAAUAGGUCACUAGUUAUUCACCCCUACCUGGUUGAUCAUGCGAGUGGUAGCUACCUCCAUCUUGCUGAUGGCCGCUCUAUCCUCGAUGCUUGCGGAGGAGCAGCUGUAGCUGUAAUUGGUCACGGCAAUGCCGAAGUAAUCGCAGCCACCGCAGCUCAGAUGCAACGCACAAGCUACAUCCACACAGGCGCGUAUACAACCACGGCAGCUGAAGAUUUAGCAAAAUUUGUUCUCGAAUGCACCACAGCUGUCAAUGGCAAGGGAAUUCAAUUCACUCACGGCUUGAAGAGAGCCUUUUUUGUAGGCAGCGGCAGUGAGGCAAACGAAUCGGCUCUCAAAAUUGCGCGGCAGUAUUUCUUUGAAAAAGGCGAGCUACAACGACAACAUUACGUAUCACGUCGCCAGGCAUACCAUGGGAAUACGUUUGGUUCCAUGUCUAUAUCAUCGGUGGUAGGGCGUCGCAUACCGUAUGAAGGCGUUCUUUUGCCGAAUAUAUCAUUUGUCGAUCCUGCGUUUGAGUAUCACUAUCGCCGCGACAACGAAACAGAAGAAGAAUAUGCAGAGAGAUUGGUGCGCGAGCUGGAGGAGCAUUUCUUAGAGAUUGGACCUGAAAAGAUUAUUUCUUUUAUCGCUGAGCCAGUAGUCGGCGCUACAUCUGGUUGUGUGACGGCUCCCAAAGGUUACUUUAGCGGCGUUCGCUCCCUUUGCGACAAGUAUGGCAUAUUGCUGCAUUUUGAUGAAGUUCUGUGUGGUAUGGGCCGCACAGGAUCAUACUUUGCCUUUGAACAAGAGGAUGGUGGCGUCUUACCCGACAUUGUUACCAUCGGGAAGGGCUUGGGUGGCGGAUACGUCCCAAUCGCGGCCAUGCUAGUUAAUGACAGAAUAGUUGACACUCUACGACGGGGUUCAUCCGUCUUCAACCAUGGACACACAUUUCAGGCACAUCCAACAGCAUGCUCAGCGGCACUUGCUGUACAGAAAAUUAUUCGACGGGAGGGGCUAGUGUCUAGAUGCGGCGACAUGGGCAUCAAGCUAGGGCAAUGUCUCCGUGCUGAGUUCGGGCACCGCCAGUAUGUGGGUGAUAUCCGUGGUCGCGGUUUAUUAUGGGCACUCGAGUUUGUCAAGGACAAGAAAACGAAAACUCCUUUUGAGGCGUCGAUUGGAUUUGGGGCCCAGAUCCACCAAGCUGCAUUCGACUUGGGCGUGGCGGUAUAUCCGUGUGUGGGAACGGUAGAUGGCGUCGUUGGAGAUCAUAUCCUCCUUGCGCCUCCGUUCAACAUAUCAGAAAUUGAGCUGGAUAUCAUGGUUUCGACACUUCGGCGUGCUUAUCAUGAGACCAGCCAGCCUCAUAGCCUGACUUAG